AUGUCGCAAAUCCCUUCCGACAGCUCAGGUAACAGCGAUGCUCUGGAGCUUGAGGCAGCGGGGUAUCAGCAGGCUAUGCCGCGUCGCUUCUCUCUAUGGUCAUUAGGUGCACUGUCCUUCACUCUGACCUGUACGUGGUUGGGUACAGGAUCUUCAAUUGGUAUCAGCUUGACUGAAGCCUCAUCGGCUGGAACUCUGUGGUCUCUUCCUAUCGCGGGAGUCAUGACAACCAUCGUUUCAUUGGGUAUGGCAGAGCUUGCAUCUGCAUAUCCCGUCGCUGGUGCGCAGUAUUACUGGUCGUUUAUGGUUGCCAGGGACGACUACAAGCCUUUUGCAUCUUACUUGAACGGUUGGAUGAGUGUCAUAGGCUGGUGGCUUGCAUCAAGCUCAGUGUCCAACUUUGUCUCAUCCAUGAUUCUCGACAUCGUCGGUGCCUGGCAUCCCGAUUGGGAUCAGAAGAGAUGGCACCAGUACCUGAUCUACGUCGCUCUCAUUUGGAUAGCCACUUCUGCCAACAUUUUCAUGUCACGAUGGAUCCCCCUUUUCAAUAAGAUGGUAUUUGUACUAUCUGUCUUAACCCUCAGCGCUACAACCAUCACUCUAUUCGUGGUGACUAAGAACUCUGCUUCGUCAAAGUUUAUCUUUACAGACACAACGAAUAGAACGGGCUGGUCAAGUGAUGGAUUCGCAUUCACGCUGGCUGUUGGAAAUGCAGUCUACGCCUUUCUGGGUAGUGACUGCGCUGCUCAUCUCUGCGAAGAGAUCCCAAACCCAGCUAGGAACGUACCAAAGGUCAUGAUAUACCCUUUGUUAAUGGGCCUUUUUACUGCCUUUCCUUUUGCUGCUUCUCUCAUGUAUGCGAUAUCCGAUAUUUCGGCUGUGCUCAACACGACGACUGGACUGCCAUUGUUCGAGAUUUAUUUCCAAGGAACCGGAUCUCGGUCUGGUGCGACGGUGUUGAUGACGUUGUUUGCAUUCUGCUUCUUUGCAAAUCUUGUCGCCAAUGCGACAACCUCAUCACGAACACUCUGGGCUGUUUCCCGUGAUGGCGCAUUGCCAUACUCACAUUUUUGGGAACGCAUACAUCCCAAAUUCGAGGUUCCUGUCAACGCUUUGUUACUUUCCGCAACAUUCAUCACUUUGUAUGGUCUUAUUUUUCUCGGUUCAUCUACUGCCUUUUCCGCCAUGGUCAGCGCAGCUAUCAUCUUUCUGCAGACAUCGUGUGUCAUUCCUCAAGCCGUCCUUCUUUAUAGAGGACGUGAGCGUGUUUUACCGUUACGCUAUUUCAACCUAGGCAAAUAUGGUACUUUGAUCAAUGGGGUCUCAGUGCUUUGGGUUGUUUUCCUUGACAUCCUGUAUUGCUUCCCUACAGCGAUGCCCGUUACAGCAGAAAACAUGAGUUAUGUCUCUGUUGUGUUCGUCGGAUUGGUGGGUUUCGUCAUUGUCCUCUGGUUUACUACGAAGAAGAACACGUUUACAGGACCGAGGAUUGACAUCGAUAUGUUGAAUGCUCGACGGGUGGCGGCUGUGGGCCCUUUAGAGGGAACGCGCCCUGUUGAGUAUCACCCGUUGAGGAACCCGGAGGCAGUGAAGUCAGACUGA